GGGCGCUGGGCCCGGCGGCACGGCGGGCGGCGGGCGGGGUGCCAUGCCGGGCUCACCGCCUCAUCCCAGCAGACGAUGAGCUCUACCAGCGGACGCGGCUGACGGUGCUGCAGCCGGAGACCCCCAACAUGAUGUUCGUCGAAGGCUACACCAACCGCGGCUUCACUAUCAGUGGGGAUCUGGUGGUGGGGCCCUGCGCCAUCCUGCCCCGUGCCAUCCUCCAGUGGAACGUGGGCUCCUACAAGGACAUCUCGCACGAGAGUCUGUCGCUGUUCCGGCUGCUGGAGCCCCAAAUAGAGAUCUUGGUGCUGGGCACAGGAGACAGGGUGGAGCGGCUCCACCCCGCCGUGCUGAGGCAGAUGCGGCAGUGUGGGAUCGCAGUGGAGGUGCAGGACACGCCAAACGCGUGUGCAACCUUCAACUUCCUAACAAGUGAAAAGCGCAGGGCAGCUGCCGGGCUCAUUCCUCCACGGGCCGUCUACACGGGGAUGUAGGCACUGCCCACCACAGCUGUGGGCUGAGUGGCUCCUCCCUCGCCUGCCUGGAGCCCUCGAGCCUCACUGCUCCCAGUGGAGAAAUGCUUCAAACCUCGAAAGGUGCCGGAGCUGGUGGUGGCUCUGCACACCAGGGAGUGUUGUGAAGUGCGUGGGCUCAGCUAUGCCCCGAGGUCCUGGCCUCUCAGCCUCCUGAGGGCUGGAGGGCACUGCAGCACCGCACCUACGGCCCUUGCCUUCCUGCUGAGGUGGUGCCCGGUGCCUCAGCAGCAAGAAGCCAUGGCCCCGGGGUAGGGUGGGGGCUGAUGAUGGGGUGACCUGCACGCCCCUGGGCACGUUUUGAGCUCUACAAGGAAAAUACACAUAAUGUGGGUGGUACAGAGUGA